AUGCCCGAUGCCAAGGACCGCCGGAAGCGCCAGAAUGCCGACGCUCAGCGAGCAUACCGUGCAAGGCAGAAAACCAAGGUCCGGCAUCUCGAGCAGAUGGUCGCCGCUGCGUGGGUAACGCAAGAAGCAGCCUCACAAGACCGCGCUAAGGAGGUUACAAUCUGCCCUCCGUGUCCCUCUGCAGCAGGCGACACGGCAAAUAGAAAUGUGGAGGCGUAUACUGCUUCAUACAACCUCACAGCAUCGGACAUCUACCAGGCGUUGCAGUCUCCCUCGGCUCAUGAAAACAGGAAAAGUUGGAGCAUCAUGGUGAGAGAGAACUCUACGAUUCGUGACGUUGUUAAGUACGGACUGAUAGUCAUGGGGCACUCUAUGGACCCCGGGCUUUACGAGAGCGCAUUGUCGCUUUCAUCGCGUGAGUGGAUCGAAACCGUCAAAGCGAGAUGCGGCGGCGUCGACAUGAGGCAAGUCGUCAUUGCCGGCCUCAGGAUAUUGGCUCAUCUCACGGCACCAGAGGAACGACCUGCACUCGGAUGGGUGCUGCCGACCUAUCCUAGACCUCCGAUAGACGCCAUCAGCUUGAGAUCGAUGUCGUACGCAUCGGCAAUGCGUGCAAUCGCAGCUCAGCUCGGCAUAACGACAGAGUAUCUGAUGGACGAGAACGCGCAGUCACCAUUCUACAGCAUUGCAAAUAAUCGCCUGAGCGAACAAGACAACGACUCGAGCGACGAUGAUACAGCUCUUCAAAAGAUCACCCCUGAUUUGAGACCGACUUUUAUCCAGCGUGCCCGGCCUCAUCAUCCUUGCUUCGACUUGAUGCCAUGGCCAUCAUUCCGCUCCAACGCCAUCACACUCGCUUCCGGGGCCUCACCGCAGAUAGACGAGGACGACCUCUGCAUCGACAUGCUGAGUGGGGGCGUUCGAUGCUGGGGCUCCGCGAUGGGAUCCAUGCAUGGGCGUGGAAACGGUGUGCCGUGGGAUGGCCGCAGCUGGGAAGCGAUGCCAUGGUUCUUGGAGAAGUGGAAUCUGGUUAUAAGAGAUGAUAAAGACGGCAUGAUACAGACUAGUGCUUGGUGGAGUUUACGGGGUUGUUAG